UUCUGCUUCGAUCUCCUCCUCCCUCGAAACCCAUGGAUAAGACCGUCUUCAUGAUCUUUACAAUCCUAACUGGAAUCAUGAUAUCCGAGUCUUGUUGCCGACCUACUUUUGCCACCCGCUACUUUUGCUACCCGCUACGCCUCUCUGAUGGCACCUCGGCUUGCGAAUCCCAACCUCUGCGGCUCAAGGACACUUCUGGACUCACUAACGCAGCCGCCGAUGAUCGAUGUGGCGGUUACAUUGGUCAGACCCCUUCAGCACUGCAGUACUUCUGCUACCACAAGCUGCGAGGCAUUAGUUGCUGCCUCAGCACGGAGGUUGGAGAAGUCCAAUCUCCUCAGCUUAUGGUCACUUCUGGGAUUGCCAACACCAAUAUCAACUGUCCCUACUCAUGUUUUGUAGAUGCGUCAACAAUGGGAAAGUCGUCAAGAAGACUUCUUAAGGAAGAUGACAGCUCAGAUCAAUGUGCUGAUUGUGUUGGUGGUUCUUUGCAUGAAGCCUCACCAGCAGAAGUCCCUGACAAAUCUCCAGUAGAUCCGCCAAAGCCACCGCAUGCGCCGGGACCAGGAGCUCCAUAAACUAUCUAUUUUGAUGAUCGAGCAGAGCAGAUCCUUAUUUUCAAUAGACUUUUAAUUUGAUUGGCACUUUUGUCACUUAUUACUCAAGUGUGGAUGGCGUGUUUCUUUUAUUAAUACUGUUGUUUCUCUUUAGCAUGGAGAUUUGAAUAUGGAUAUGUAUUUUUCAUGAAUAUGGCUGCACACAGGAAUUCUGGAUAA